UUUGUCCCACCAGUGCAAUGGGUUGUUGCGGUUUUGGGAGGUGAGUCCCCAUGUGCUCACCAAUCUUCUUGGUUUUUAGUUUUAAUGAAUGUUUGGUUUUCAGCAAAAAAAAAAAAAAAAAGAAGAUAUGAGGAAAACGACACCGUUCGCAAUGCAUCCUCAUUUAGUGAACACCGAAACCGGAACAAGAGAAAAGGAGACAAGAAAACCACCGCCACCAGUUCUUGAUUUCUCAGAAUCAUACAUAAUCCCGUUUAUCUUCUUCAUCACCAAAAAUAGGGUUUAGGGUUUUUCAUAUUCUUCCAUUCAGUGACCUUUAAACUCCACCAUUUAUCAUCAUCAUCAAUGGCGACCGAAAUGGUUGUCAACACGGAGAGAGUCCAGAAAUUCUUCAACGACCUGGAGGAGCAAAAGACCAUCCUUUCUACCUGCACUCAGCUAUUCACAACCAUAUCCACCCACUUCAAUUCUCUCCAACAUUCCCUUUCCCAAAAGUACCAAUCCCUCGAAUCAAGAAUCCAAGCUCUUGAAUCCCAUUCCCGCGAUACCCUCCAGUCCCUCGACACCCGCGAGGCUUCCAUUCCCGAACGAGAAUCCGCCUCCCUCGCCCGCAUCCAGGAGCAGAAGGAAGCUGCUUUGUCCGAGUUCGAAAAGCAAAUUCCCGAAAACUUGGAACUUUCAGAGGCCCUUAAAUCAUUUUCCCGGAAAAUGGAUUCGGCGGGAUUGGUGAAAUUCAUCGUUUCCAAGAGGAAGGAGUCCGUAUCUUUGAGGGCAGAGAUCGUUCAGUCCUUGGCGGAGGCUGUGGACCCGCCUAGACUGGUUCUUGAUUCAUUGGAGGAUUUUCUGAAUUCCAAGUCGGCCAAAGCUGGGGUUACUGAUAAGCGAUGGGCUUGUGGAUUGCUUGUUCAGGCUUUGUUUCCUGAGAGCCAUUCGGAGAAGAUAGGACCUCAAUUUGCGAGAACUGUCGUGGAGAGAGCAGUCAUGAUUUUGGAGCAGUGGAAGGGGCAGAUGGAUGGUGGUGAAUCAGAAGGCUUGGCUUUAGGGGCUGCCGAAGCUGUUAUGUUUGUGCAGAUGGUAGUUGGGUUCGGGUUGAAUGCGAAGUUCGAUAAGGCUUUCUUGAGAAAGCUAAUGCUGCAGCAUGCUUCGAGGAGGGAUAUGGCAAAGCUCGCAGCUGUUUUAGAAGAUAAAGACUCAAUGCAAGAGAUUAUUGAUGAGUUGGUGAAGAAUAACAAAGAAGUGGAAGCUGUCUAUUUUGCUUGUGAAUCUGGGUUGGCUGAAAGAUUCUCUCCUGUUACUUUGCUCAAGUCUCAUCUCAAGAACUUCAAAAAGAAUGUUGCCAACAUAUUAAAGAAUGGAAACAAUAGCUUGGUUGCAACGGAGGAAUCUAGUAAUGUGGAGUUAAAUUCCAUCAGAGCAAUAAUCAAAUGUGUAGAAGACCACAAAUUAGAGUCAGAAUUUUCUGUUGAAAGUUUAAGAAAGCGGGCUACUCAUCUGGAGAAAGCCAAGGCAGAGAGAAAGAAGAGUUCAGGAGCCUCCAGUAAACCUCAAAAUAAGCGAGGAUACAGUGCCAGCAGCGGCCGAGGUGGUGGUGGUGGAUCAUCUUCUUUUCGUCAAUCCAAAGCUGCCAAGUAUUCCAACACUUAUUCCUCUUUUAGCAGGAGGAAUGCGAAUCCUCCUCCGCCGGUUCAUCACAGCACUGCUGCAAGAUAUUCUGGAGCAUACAACUACCCUGUUCAAGCUGUGUACGACACACCAGCUCCAGCCCCAGCCCCAUAUCCGUCCUCAUACGGGGUUCCCCAUGCUCAAAGCCCUGUCGCAAUUCCUCAACACUAUCUCUCGGCCGACAACUUGAGUAGUACUGCCUUUCGGAGCAGUGGCUCUUACAGUGGUCUGACCAACUACAGACCAUAUGAUUAUGCCGAAGCAGCUCCACAUACUUACCAACCGUCCUCAUAUCCAAAAUAGAUUAGGAGCGGAAAUGGCCUAAUGAUAAGAGCCUUGUAAUAUUACUUUUCUUUUCUCUUUUCUGGCCAACAGAUGAGAGAAUUUUGCUUAAAAUGGCCGACUUUUUAAGGUUAAACCCAAAAGUUGGUAAUAAGCCCUGUUUUUAUGACAGUUUCAGAAAGGGCUUUUCCCAGCUUGCAAUUUUUUCAUUCUAUUUUAAAAUGAUGUAUAUGAUUAUUAGAUUACGAUUACUGAACAGUGAAUUAGCAUAAUAUAGAGUAGUAUUUUUAAAAUUUCUUUCUAAUAUAGAGAAAGGUUUUAUAAAA